AUGGUCGCGAAGCAAUUUUCUGUCAUCUCCGACUCGGAGUCGUCAAGCUCAACUCUUCUUCACCGUGAAUUCGAAGAAUUGCCUCGAGUUUUCAGGCUUCCUUUCAUGUUUUACACAGGGGAUACGUUCCUCCGUUACCCCGUCUUUCCGGCAUUGUCAUCUGAAUUACAGAUUUUACAUCCGUUUCUAUAUCCAUAA